AUGGUGGGCAUAGCCACAGUUGCCGAUGGAAUCAAUGAAAAUCGACCCAAAACACAGCCCCGAGUCACUGGAUUCGUCUGGUUGCUGGCUUCAAUGUCAGUUGUUGGCGGAUUUUUGUUUGGGUAUGACACGGGUAUAGUGUCAUCAGCGAUGUUAUACGUUGUAAAUAAUGGCGCGAUGAGGCCGAUGAAUCAUUUAUGGCAGGAAUUAAUCAUCGCCAUAACUCCGGGUAAGCGAAAAAUCUAUAUAGCAUGUAAUGGUUUGAUACUUCUAUAGCGUGUGUAUUAUAGAAAUAUAUCGCAUUAUGUAUUUAGUAAUAUUUUUACGUUAUUUUAGCCUUCGCUGCGGUAGGAUCUCUGUUCUCAGGAAAAUUUGGUGAUCGGUUUGGUCGAAAGAAGUCAAUUAUAGUGUCCAGCUUUAUCUUCUCCAUUGGAGCCUUACUUUGUGGAGUAGCUACUUCAAAAGCAGUCCUUCUGAUUGGACGGAUUUUACUCGGACUGGCUAUUGGUAAGAGACUAAUUUGUACAGUAAAACAUCACUGCACACGCAAAAAGACCCUAACAUAAAUCAGGGAAAUUCUGCGUCACCUUUGAACCGGAGAACAGUUUCAUUUACCAUCUAUACAAUUGCAGGAGUAGCCUCGAUGAUUGUCCCGGUCUACGUCGGAGAAUGCUCUCCAACUCAUGUCCGUGGAAAACUCGUUACAAGUUUCAACAUGAUGGUCUGUUUCGGUCAAUUCGCAGCCAGCAUUGUCGCUGGGGGCCUGGCUUACAUUGAUCCCUAUAACAUUGGAUGGAGAUUGAUGUUCGGAGUGGCCGUGAUCCCAGCGGUCUUCCAAUUCUUCGGAUUCUUUUUCUUGCCUGAAAGCCCAAGGUGGCUCUACCGACAUAGAACUGCUAAACAGAGUCGAAAGGUGGGCUUAAAUUGCGUUGAGAGUUGCACAAUUUGGGUUAGGUAAUAAAGGCGAGGUUUGUUUUAGGUUCUGGAACGGGUCUAUGGUGGAGAUCAGGAAUGGAUCAACUACGAACUUGGAGAAAUUGCUGCUCUUCAUGAGCAGGAAGAAAGAGCCAGAGCGGAGCAAGGUAAGGAUAAGAUUUUUGUUAAAAUUUGUACAGGGUGUCCAGAGAAAUGUGCCGGAAAGUUUUUGUCGAUUUCUUGGCGCUCAAUAAAGAUAUCCGAAAAAUUCUUUUUGCAGGAUAAAGAAGAAUUUGGGCGGUUUUUUGUCCGAAAGAAUCAUUUUUUCCGCCAGCGCGGAAGGCAGUGUAUUCGGCGGAGACUUUUGAUCGCUUUUUUGGCCAUCACACCAAUUUUAAACGCAUUAUUAUGAUGCUGAAACUUCCGGAAAGUCUUCAAAUUUUUGACGCAAUAAAUCACACAGACAGCGACAUCGCAAUGCGAUCCCAUGUAGCGACUGCACGGUGCAGCCUGUCGCUGCAACACCGAUAAAGUCCGAGUGCACCGUGCGGAGGUUUGAAACAGCAAGGCAAAAGGAAAUUUGAACAAAAAAUUUUUUGUUGUUUUCUGGUGCACCAAGUGGUUUUCCGAUGGCUUAGCUUCUGCCAAAGCUUGGUGACAAAAUUUUCGAAGGCAUACGAAGCCAGCAGGGUGUUCAAGCCAGGCCAUAAAAAUUGUGUUGGACCAUGUCUUGUCCGCAGCUGAGUUAUGGCCUCCGCCGAUUCGGCGAGCGUCCGCCAUACCUUCGCCGAACACUUGGUAAACAUGAAAAUAUGCAAAUAUCUUUGUUUCAACCAUCAAAGUUCAUAAUAAAGCGUUUAAAGUUGGUGUGAUGAUCAAAAAAGCUAUCAAAAGUCUCCGCCGAAUACACUGCCUUCCGCGCUGGCGGAGAAAAUGAUCCUUUUGCACAAAAAACCGCCCAUAUUCUUCUUUAUCCUGCAAAAAGAAUCUUUCGGAUAUCUUGAUUGAGCGCCAAGAAAUCGACAAAAACUUUCCGGCACAUUUCUCUGGACGCCCUGUAUUAAUAGAGUCGAAGAGGUUUGCUAAAAUUUCAGCAAUUCAUGCAUACACUUUAUAGACUUAUUUGCAGAAUUUCGGAGGCAUCGAAGCUUCGAAUCAAGUUUAAAAUAAAAUUCCCCCCAUUUCAGGCAAACAAAACGUCCUCGUCAAGAUCUGGAACACCCCUCACGUCCGUCGUGCCUUAAUCCUCGGUUGCAGUCUUCAAUAUUUCAACCAGCUUGCCGGAAUCAACACAAUCAUGUACUACACCGGGACAAUCAUCAAGUCAACGGGCGUUAGAGACAACCAUGAGGCUAUCUGGCUGUCUUGUAUCACAUCUUUCUUCAAUUUCGCCGCAAAUCUAUUGCCAUUCUUCAUUGUGGAGAGGUUUGGAAGACGUCCGGUAAUUCUGUCAUCGAUGGUCGCGGUCACCGUUUCAUUGUGUUUAAUGGCGAUUUCUUUCAUGAUGGUGAAUCGGGACACAUUGCCGACGAUGAGUCCCGCUCAAAUGGAGCAAAUUACAGGUAAUUUGGGGAUCUAUUGAGGCAGCCUAGGCCUAAAAUAUUAUGCUUGUUCGAAAAAAUUCUAGUGUUCAGUUGAUCAACAUCUUGAAAAGUGACUUUUCAGGAGCCCAUCCACACUUGAACCUUGCUGAUCCGCAUGUUCAGAAAUGCUUGGCCUUCACCAAUUGUGACUUCUGUGUUACCGAUGAUUCUUGUGGUUUCUGUGGGGCCACAGCCUUUGCUAAUGAAGGAGGAGUGUGUUUGCCAUUGGAUGAACUUCAUUCGGAUAUCAGAUCUGCUGAUGGUGAGUCAUAAAAUAAUCUGUGCGACAUACAAGAAAUGGCGUAUUUUACAACAGAAAUUUUUUUCCAAAACUCGCAUUUUUUUAGGAUUCUGCUCCUCCGAAGCCCCGAGUUUCAUGCACAAUGUUUCCGGCGUUGAAUUUGAAUGGACUGACGUUUUCUGCGAAAACAAAUACACGAUGCUGCCCUUGAUUCUCAUGGUUAUUUACCUCAUCAGCUUCUCAUCCGGAUUAUCGCCCAUGCCUUGGGUUUUGAACGCUGAAUUUUAUCCGAUUUGGGCUCGGGGAAUGUGCGUUUCAUUGUCGACGUUCUCUAAUUGGAUCGCAAAUUUGGCGGUUUCCAUGACAUACCUGACGUUGACUACCACUAUUACUAGAUACGGUAAGGAAUAAAAUUUGAUAAAAACUAAAAAUUUUUUUGGGAAAUCGAACCUGUGUUUUACCUUUAUAAAUAUAAAGACAGUACAAAAAAUUAAAUUUUUUCAGGGACCUUCUUCCUGUAUGCCGCAAUUACUGCUUUCGGCUUUGUAAUCGCCUACUUUUAUGUCCCCGAAACCAAGAAUCACUCUCUGGAUGAGGUGGAGACAUUGUUCAUGACACAGGAAGAGCGUCUCCGGCACAAAACCUCGCUUCAAAACCUCCAGACCCCCAAGGUAUCACAACAAGUCGAGUUAAAAGAGACCAAAGCAUAAGAUGUUUAAUGAACAACUCUGUAGAUACCAAGAAUAGUCGUGUAAUAUAUUUUUGUCAUUUUCCUAUAAUAAAAUUUUACAACGUUUUUUGUGACUUUUUGAUCGAAAAAUAAGAUUUUUUGGGCAAUUCGGGAUAGCCGGAAGGCAACUCAUUAUUCCGGAAGAGAACAAUAAAAUUAACAUUAAAAUGCUUGUCAACACAUAUUACGUCAAACAUAUUGAAACAGAAAACGUAAAAUAAAAUAAAUUUUGAUUUUUUCGGGAAAUUUGGGGACUUGAUUUUUUGAAAAAAUACGGCAAAAUUUGUUUAAAACAAUUUGUUAAAAAACAACCUCAUAUUAUAAACAAAUUACAGCAGCUAUUAGCAUCUUUUUAGUCGAAAAAUCAUCAGUGCCUUGGACUUUAAAACUUUUUUCUUUAAGUUCGCCUCCAAAUUAUUCAAAUUUCCCAAAGUUUUCAUGUCCUUUUCUUGUUUCAAAUCGAACUUCGCUCCUUUCCUACCACCCCUCUCAGUUAGUGGUCGUUUCCGGUCGCCGUGCUGACCGUCUUUCUUCGCCGAUGUUGUUGUCCAAGAAACUCCCGGUUCUCUCGAAUCUCCGCGCCCUCCGAUCUCUCCGCCUCAAGCACACGGCAGCUGAUGGCAGCAAACUGAUGAGUUAUGUGCAUCAGACCUCGGACAUCCCUCUGAUGCACAAAACCAUCGGCCAACAGGUCAGGGAGUUCACGGAGAAGCACCCGGACAAGGAAUUGUUCGUCUUCAAGGAGCAGAACAUCAGCAAGACCUAUCAGGAAGUCUACAAUGAUGUGAGUUGAAGAAAUUUUGUUGGCAAAAAUUCAUAUCAACUCUAAUAAGAUGGAAGCCAAAACCCACAGGAAUUGGUAUUUGAGAAGACUGUCGUUUUAAUUUUUUCGGAUUUUUCCCGAGCUGCGCCCGAGACUCCAAAUUAUAAUAAUUUUUAUGGGACUUUUUUUCCUCUAACAUCUCUCAAAACUGCCUUCAUUGUUAUUCCAAUUAAAAAAUUUUAUUUUCAGGCCCGUAAACUUGCCCUUGGCCUGAUCCACCUGGGGAUCAAACGUGGAGAUCGUGUUGGAAUCUGGGGUCCCAAUUAUUACGAAUGGACCGUCGCUCAAUACGGCGCGGCUCUUGCUGGGAUUGUCCUGGUAGGUAAAAGGGUUAUGUAAAACGGCAUCAUCGUGAGAGACACCUCAUUUUUUGAAAGAGGACGUUUCAUACGAUAAAACAGGCACAGAACAGAUUUCAUCGCACGACAUCCCUCUUUAAAGAAGAUGGUAUAACAUAACCACCUUGUGACAUACAGUAUUUAUUUUUAGGUGAAUGUAAACCCGGCGUAUCAAACCGAAGAGUUCCGCUAUGCCAUGAGGAAGGUCGGCGUCAAGGCGUUGAUCACCCCACCAAGAUUCAGAAAGACCAAUUACUAUGAGUAAGUCGAGCCAACAAAGCUUGAUGUUCACCAAUUUUCCAGUAUCAUCUGCGGAUUGUCCCAUGAUCAAAAAAAAGCCCCUAAGGGCAUGGGAAUUGUUCAAUCGCAAGCCUUGCCGGAUCUCAAGCAUUUGAUCAUGUUCGACCCGGAUAACCCGAAUCACGAAAGUUUCAAGUAAGUCAAGGAAAACUUUUUUCAGCAUGAAAUGCUAGUAAAUUUGUGGCAAAAUUUUUUGGUAGUCAUUUACCCACCUUCCAAAUACACAUGGUAAAAAUCGCUCCACGUCAACCCAAAAUAUAAUAGAAGAAAAAAUUUCCCGCCCCUUUUUGGUGAUUCGUUCAAAACGAAAUGUCACUAUCCGAUAAAAAGCAUUUUCUUACCUUUCUUCUUCCUUUUCGAGAAAAAGCAAUUAUUUCGGGCGAGAAAAAGUGCCGAUAAUUUCGCGGCAUUUCGUCUCUAUUUUAAACCAAUGAAAACGAUACAAAGUUUCGAAACGGUUCAGGCAAUGCGCUGGAUUGACGUGCGCUUCUUUUUAGUGGCGCUUGGAACUUCCGUGACAUUCUCUGCUCCGGCGGCUCGGAAGCCGAGGAUUAUCUGGAGUUCUGUCAGCGCCGCACCCGCCCCGACGACCCCGCCAACAUCCAAUACACUUCUGGGACGACGGGCAUCCAGAAGGCCGCCACGAUCACCCACUUUGGAAUGCUGAAUGCGGCCCAUUUCACGGGUGUUUUGAUGGGAUACGAUCAGAACACGAAGCUCUGCCUCCCCAACCCCCUCUUCCAUUGCUUUGGAUGUGUGAUUGGAACGCUGACAGUGCCCAUGCUGGGAGGCGGAGUCUACUUCCCGGCAUCUUGGUUCAAUGCGGCAAAAGUGGCGGAGAUGAUCCAGGAACACAAGUGCACUGCUUUGUAUGGGACACCGACCAUGUUUGUGGAUGUGCUGAAUCAUGCCAAAAUCAACAAGCUGGACAUUUCGUCGGCAAAAAAGGGUAGGUCAGAAUUGAGGAAAUUAGGGUGGAACUUUUUGAAUUUUCGAAUAUACAGUGGGGGACCUGAUCCGAAGUGAAAAAACUCCGAUUUCAAAAGCGCGCCCACUCUUUUUGUCAGAGAAAAGGCGUGCCGUUCAAAACGGAGUUUUUUUGUUGGGGAUGGAAGCAUUUUGCCACAUUUUUGAUACUUCCCGGAUGCAAAAUGAUACGUUUUUUGCCACUGGAUCAGGUUCCUCACUGUGAGCUCAUGUAAUAGUAUCCGCAGGAAAAUCAAACUUUUAAAGGACGAGAUUUACGAAAAAGCUUCCAUCUUAUGUUAGUCCAACUAACCUACAAUUUUUUCAGGUGUCAUUGGAGGAUCUCCCUGCCCAAUUACCCUUUGCCAGCAACUGGUCGAAGCCGGAAUGACCGAACUUUGUCCCUGUUACGGCACCACCGAGAUGAGUUCGGCCGUAACUUUGGCCCGAUAUCAAGACGAUCCCUUGGAGAGAGUGAAGAAUGUCGGAUACGUGCUUCCCCACUCGGAGAUCGCCAUCAUGGACAAUCGCGGAAGGGUUGUGCCUCGAGGCGAACAAGGAGAGAUUUGGGUUCGAAGCUUUGGAGUCAUGCGCCAUUACUACGACGAGCCUGGGGAGACCGCAAAAGCUAUCAGCGAGGAUCGUUGGUAUCAUACUGGGUAGGCAGUAGUUGUCAAGUAUUGAGAGUAAUUUAUCGUACUUUAGAGACAUGGGCUAUAUGAAUGACGAUGGAGCAGUUGUAAUCUCGGGCCGCCUCCGUGAAAUGAUCAUCAGAGGUGGCGAGAACAUCUAUCCAGCCGAGAUUGAACAAUUCUUGUUCAAACAUCCAUCCAUCCUCAAUGCCUAUGUAAGUCUAGACAUUUUACGGUCAAUUUCGUGUAUGAAAUUUCGCAAAUUUUUAGCAAUUAUGAUUGUGCUCUCUGUAUAGAAUCUUACGGGGAUCCUUUUCAUGGCGGAGACAUUUUAUACGAUGAGAUAUGUCCAAAACAUAUUAUAUCGUAUAACAUGUCUCAUAGGUGAAAUUUUGGUUUCAAGCUGCUUAGGGUUGUGGCCUGCUCGUUUUAAAGUCUAAAAAAUCUUUUUUUUCAGGUCGUCGGAAUCCCGGAUGAACGUUGGGGCGAAGAAGUUUGCGCUGUGAUCCGUCUCCGAGAGGGCGAGAAACCGCUCAGCGAACAGGACGUCAAAGACUUCUGUCGCGGCAAGAUCUCCCACUAUAAGGUCCCACAAUACGUACUCUUCAAAGACGAGAGCUUUAUCCCCAUGACGCCCUCCGGCAAGGUGCGCAAAUUCAUGCUGACCGAGUCCUGUCGCAAGGAACUCGGAAAGGACAAAAAGUCGGCCUUUGAUUGA